AUGGCGGAGGUUUCCUACCUCCAUCUUCAUGAAAAUGAUGAUGAAGAUGGUGAAUACAACGACAGGGACGAGGUCGUGGUAUCUUUUUCUUCCCACAAUAACUGGUCUCACGGUGUCGAUGCUUUCGAUGUUUACCCUUCGGAUCUAGAUUGUCCUUCCUUCGACGAUUUCUUUUGCCACACCGAUCGAAACAACGAUUCGGUGCUGUUCGACAGAGAAUACCAGGUGAAUUUCGUAAUCGACAUGUUUCAUCAGCGAGUUGAACAGUCGCAGUCGCAAUCGCAUUUGGCUAUAGGGAACGGGUUCUGUAAUCCUGAUCGGAGUACUCGGCAAGGGAAUGAGGAGAUGGAUGCGAACGAUUUGGAGCUGGAGUUUGGGUUAGGGUUAGAUUUUCCUGUUGAAGUUGAUGAUAAUCGUAAUGAUGGUGACGAUAAUUUAGGGUUUAUGCUUGGCGAUUGUGGUGAUGAUUUCAUCGUACCCAGGAGAACAACGGGAGAUCCGUCUAGUCGUUCAGGUGGUCCGGAACAUUUCAUGGUGCCUGAUUUGGGGUCGGAUUCCUAUGUCGACGGGGGAAACGCGCUUGAUAUCGGGAUCAACGAAUCUAACCUUCGGUUAGAAGAUUUUCAGCUAGAAGAUGAUAACGAAAGAGGUGAAACCAAUCCAAAUGAAGAUUUCGAAUGGGAGGAAGUAGAUGGCCGGAUCGACGACCGGGAAGUACUGAAUAUGAUGUUCGAAUCAGAACCCGACGAUGACACAUCUGAUCUACCAAGAACUCAUCCCGAUAGCCAUGAAUCAGAGGAAGAACAGCCGCAUCAGUGGGAAGUUUUGUUGAAUGUCCACAAUCCAGAUUUAGAACCAGGUACCUAUGAUGAUGAAUCGAAUUACACAGAGUACGAGAUGUUUAUAGACCCAUCUUCUUUUGGCCGGCCACCUGCUUCCAUGACGGUGGUGAAGAAUCUUUUAUCGGUGGUGAUAACCGAUGAAGAUUUUGAAAAGAAUAACAUUCGGUGUGCAGUUUGUAAAGAUGAAAUUGGUGUUGGGGUAAUGGCAAAGCAGCUCCCCUGUGGCCAUCGUUACCAUGGCGAUUGCAUUCUUCCAUGGUUGUGCAUCCGGAAUACAUGUCCUGUUUGUCGUCAUGAGUUGCUGACUGAUGAUCCCGAGUAUGAACGUAGGAAGGCUGAAAGGGGUGUCGGUGAUCAGUAA